GCUGGCUGGCUUCUUCCUCCUUCAGUCGGGUGGAGGGUGUACAACCAAGCGGCCACGCCAGCAAACACCUCCCGCUACCCGUGACACACUCGCAUACGCAACACGUCCGCUUCGACACACUCACUCUUGUCUUUGAUAACCGGCGCGAUGGUAUCCACAACCGUCCUACGCGUGGUCCUCCUGACGGUACUCCUCGCUACUGUUGAUGCCCAGCGAAAUCGGCAGCGGCAGAAGCCCGGGCGGAGGAAGCCAGGGGUAAUAACUCGCCAAGAUACCCUAACGCCGCUCAUCGCCACAUGUCAAGGGAAAGAGAGUUUCGAGCUCAUCACCGGCUUCGUUUACUCAGCUUCGGCGGAGGAUAUCAUUGCCUCUCGCGUUGGCACUCUAUUGCUCAGCGAAUGUCUGGACCUGUGCCGCGCCAACGCCCUCUGCAAGGCAAUCAACUUCGAGACGGGGCUGUGUGUGCUCUUCAAGUCCGCCGUCGAGGAGAGAUCAGAGCUCCUUGCGCGGUCCCAGUUCCCGGUGUUCACGCUCUACGCGCAGAAGGUGUGUCUGUCUGCCAACGCGCCGCUGUGUGAUUCCCUUUGGAGCUUCGAGAGUGUGCCGGACCUCGCCCUCAGCCACUUCAUCGAGGAGGAGGCGACCCGCAUCACCGCCUCCAGGAGCGAGUGUGUGGAAGAGUGCAUGCUGGAGACCUCAUUCCCCUGCAGGUCCAUCACGUAUUACAACACAACAAAAGAAUGCGUCAUGUCAAAGGUGAAUCGCAACAUGGUAGGACGCAGGCCGCUCCUUGACAUGUCCAUCGGGGCUGUGUAUGCCGAGGUGGCGUGCGUGCCCAAGUUGCAUGAGAUGUGUGAGUUUACCAAGCUGCGCAACAAGAUUCUGAAGACUGUUGACGCUGUGUAUAAGGAUCUGGAGACCAUAGAAGAGUGCAAGGAGAGGUGUAUGAAAGCCAGCUUCACCUGUUAUUCCUUCGACUUCAUGUCCGCUGGAGAGAAGAUAUGCCGUCUUUCCCACCACUCCUCGUCGACUCUCGCCCACAUUCAGGAGCCUUACCUUCUGCUUGACAACUCCACCACUUAUGAGAGGCACGCGUGUUACCAAGUGUCCGUGGAGUGUCGUGCCACGGAGAUGCUCGCUCACAUCGUCACCUCCUCGAUCUUCGACGGCAAGAUCUACUCCAGGGAUCGCCCUAACUCCUGCAGGGUGGACGUGAACUCCAGCACCGAGUUUAGCAUCACCUUGCCGUAUAAUGACGUGAAGUGUGGCGUGGCGCAGGAUCCCGCCUCCACCUUCACCAGCAAUAUUGUCAUCCAGCACCACAAAAUGAUAGUGACCUCAGCGGACGUGGGCUUGGUGCUUCACUGUCACUAUGACAUCAAGAACCAGACUGUCACCAACUCCCUCCUCUCGGGACUGGAAGUGAGGAGCGACGUGAACAGGACUGAGUUCUACGAGGAAACAGUUGUGGACUCGCCCAAUGUGGUGAUGCGGGUCACAAACGGCACCGGGUUUGAUGUCACUACUGCACAGGUCGGGGACAACCUUGCCCUUCGCUUCGAGAUUACGGAUCUAGGAUCGCCCUAUCAGAUCUUCGUGCGGCAUCUGAUGGCGACGGACGGCCAGGACAACUCUGAGAUCAUGCUUAUUGACGGUGACGGCUGCCCCACUGAUCCUACCAUCAUGCAGGAGGUGGUACAGCUGAAUGGAAACGGGAAGGUCCUCCUCGCUCCGUUCCAAGCCUUCAAGUUCCCUUCCUCCGUGGUGGUGCAUUUCCGCGCGCUGGUCAUGCCUUGCUUACCCCACUGCGAACCUGUCCAGUGCCAUGUGCCAGGCUUCGAUGGGUUCUCGCGCUCCAGUGACUCCUUCGGCAAGAGGAAGAGGAGAGAGGUCCAGGAGGCUGACGUGCUCGUGGUUCAGUCCGUGCAUAUCACCGACAAGUUUGAGUUCCCAGCAGAGCAAAGGCAGGAGAACGUGUCCGUGGAGGCGCAGGGCAGCUGUUCCUCCUUCACGGGUGUCGUGGUGGCCGGCGCGCUGUUCCUGGCGGCGCAGUUGGUCAUGCUGAUGGCGUGGAGCUACCUAUGGCAUAAGAAGCGCGCCACAAAGCAAAUUGACCCGACGCCACCAACGCCUUCGCUCUAUCACAUGGGGUCCAGUGCUUCGCGGGCCUCCUCCACCUCCUACCUCACUGACUGACUGCAUCGACCAUACUGACUCCGCUCUUCCCGUCACUGCCAUCACCCACCCAUUCCGCUGAGUUGUCCUGUCCCGUCUUCUGUUAGUUGAGGUAGACUAGAGAAAUCACACAGCCUAGUUAGAAUGAGUCUUUCUUUGCUGUUCUUUAUAAUCUCCCUUUUGUAAUUUUAUGCCUCUUCUAUCUCUUCUGGCAGUUAGUGAGGGGUAGUGUAAUCAGAGAGCCUAAGAAUGAUCUAGGAGUCUUUUUCAUGUUAUUCUUUGUAAUCUUCUUCCUCUUUCUCCUUGUCUGUAUAUCCUAAUCCUCUCGUCUCUCGGUAGUAUGGAGUAGUGCAAUCAGAUAGUCCAGAAAGGAUCUAAUAGUCUUUCUCAGUUAUGCGUUGUAAUCCUCCUCUUCUUCAUGUUUACUUUUCUACCCAAUUCAAUUUAGGUCAGUAUUGUUUUUUUUCACGAACAGCCUCAUCAGAGCCAACACGUCUGCUGUUGUUUAUUCUUGCUUUGUGUUCUGUCUGUUGCAUCAAUGGAUAUUUUGUGUUAUGUGUUUAUUUAUUUAUUUAUUUAUUUCUUUUCAUGAAUAAUUUACUGAGUCUAGUUUUGUCUGGUGGAUGAGUAAGGGAAGAUAAUGAGGAGAACUGUGUAACUUCUACUACUACUACUACUACUACUACUACUACUACUACUACUACUACUACUACUAAGAUGCUAAUGGUGAUGAUGGCAAAAGGGAAAAUGGAAACGUGCAUCGUUGUUAAGAUUGUUAUUAUUACGUUCAUUAUAUUGUUGUUGUCUUGGUGGGAAGGUGAACAUAGUAGUACAUUAUAAGUGGCAUUAGUUACUACUCACUUAAAAUCAACAGGGAAUUAUUACUGUUAUUACUAUUACUAUUGUUUAUUACUUUCGUUACGUGGUAGGCAAAGUGUAUGUGUUCUGACCGCGAGCUUAUUUGAAUCGAUUCUCUCUCUCUCUCUCUCUCUCUCUCUCUCUCUCUCUCUCUCUCUCUCUCUCUCUCUCUCUCUCUCUCUCU